AUGAAGUUGUUUGUUUUUGUUUGGAAUGUUUUGCUUCUUCUUUCGGUUGUUCUGAGCCCUUCAAAUUUUGUUGAUGGGAUUAGAAUUUUUGUUGCCGAAGAUCAUCAUGAAAUUGUUGAAAAUCCACAUGAAAUAAGAAAUGUGACAUCUUCUAAGGAAGAUGGCUUUAAAUUGGUCAAAAAUAAUGACAAUAUACCCCACAACAACGGAGGUAAAGGUGGUGGAAAUGGCGGUGGCGGUGGUGGUGGCAGCGGUGGUGGUGGAGGAGGAGGCGGUGGAAGUGGUAAUGGUAAUGGUGGGGGAAGGGGUGGAGGAAGUGGUAAUGGGGGAAAUAAAGGUCAUGGAAGAAGACAUGAGAAAGGAAGAGGAGGUGGCGGCGGCGGCGGCGGCGGCGGCGGUGGAGGUGGUGGUGGCGGUGGAGGAAAUGGAAAGGGGUUUGGAGGUGGAAAAGGGAGCGGAGGGGGAGGUGGUGGCGGUGGUGGAGGAGGAAGUGGUGGUGGUGGAGGUGGUGGAGGUGGCGGAAGUGGCGGUGGUGGCGGCGGCGGUGGUGGAGGAGGACAAGGUGGUGGGUGGGGUUGGGGAGGAGGUGGAAAUAAUGAUGGACAUUGUUGGAUUUGGGGAUGCCACCAACGGAAAUCAAUGGGCCGGCCCAAAGCCAAUCCAUAG